AUGGCCAAGGAUUCGCUGGACGACCCGUAUAACGGCUGUGUCACCGCGAGAGAGCUCAAACUCCAGAAGCCGGGCUACGUCCCCCUCCCCAAGAAAUACCUCAAAACCUGGCAAACGGCCAUCGCGCAUGUGGCCGAACUCGGCCACCACGCCCUCGGCAACUUCAACCGGAUGUACGCCACCGCCCUGAUGGCCUACACCAUCGGAGACCACUUUUACAGCGAUUUCAACGCGGCCGUACGCCAAGCCGGGCGAUCCAAACACGCUUACGUCCAUUUCCCCUUCAAGGACUACUUCCUCCUCCUCAAUCGGGCCCUCCAGGCCAUGAAGACGGGGCCCGCUUGCUACGAAGUCUACCGCGGGAUCCACGGCGUCCGUUUCACCCUUCCCGCUAAGGUGGUGCGCUUCGGACAGUUCACCUCUUCCUCCAUGAUCCAAAAGGUGUCGCAAGGCUUCGGCGAGGACACCUUCUUCUCCAUCCGCACCUGUCACGGCGUGCCCAUCUCGCCGUUCACCUUGCGCCCGUACCAACUGGAAGUCAUCAUCCCGCCCUACGAGACCUUCACCGUCGUCAGCCACCAGAAGACCCCGAAGGGCGUCUACGUCCGGCUGGAGUCCCGCGGCGUCUACCACCGCUUCAACUGCGAAAGCCUGAAAGCGCUCGCCCGUACGCUGAUCCGUCCUCUUACUCAGUCAUCCCACGAAGAGCCUCAAGGCCCACUCCUCUCGA